GCAGUUCGUUCGUUCGUUCUGGCGUUCUGCAUCUGACUAUCUGAGUUCUCGGUUCUGAGAUAGCUCCGUUGAAAGUUGAAACCGAAAUAAAUAAAUAAAUAAAUUGAAUAAAAUCAGUUAUAACGUCGCGGUCAUACUUGUGGAGCUCAAAACGUAAAUACCGAAGCGAACCAAACAAAACAAGUCACCUUGGUUUCUCAAACAUCAUUUCAGUCUCAAUUCCAAAACAUAAACAAUCUGCAGUUCCAACUUCCAUCCAUAUAUUUGGAUCUGAGAAGAAAUGCGUAGCCGGGGAUCACAAAACCGGCUAUCUGGUUACUCUUCCUUUGGAUCUCGAGUCUCUGCUCUCAUGCUCGCAAUGCUUGCUACCAUGUCUACUAUUUACGUCGCUGGCAGGCUAUGGCAGGACGCAGAAAAUAGGGCGUAUUUGAUGGAACAACUUGAAAAAAGAACCACUCAGGAUGUCAAUGAGGCAGUAUAGUUCAUACGAUUUCAGGGUCAAUCCGCCGCAUCUGUUGAUGAUACACUCAAAAUUAUAGAAUGCAGGUAUCACUAUUUCAUUUUUGCUUCUUCAGGGAACAGCGUAAGAAGUUGUCGUCUCUUGAGAUGCAACUAUCUGCAGCUAAACAAGAAAGUUUUGUUACAAAGAGAUUACCAGGAAAUGGUCGGAAGCAGCCUACUAAGAAGGUACUUGCAGUUAUCGGGAUAAUGACAACCUUUGGCCGAAAAAAGAACCGGAAUGCAAUCCGGAAGGCUUGGAUGCCAACAGAUACUGCUAUGAAAACACUUGCUGAUCAAAAAGGCAUCACUGUGCGCUUUGUAAUAGGAAAAAGCGCAAAUCGUGGAGACAGCUUGGACAAAGAAAUUGAAACAGAAAGCAGCCAGACCGAUGAUUUCAUCAUUCUGGAUAAUCAAGUGGAGGCACCUGAAGAGAAAGCAAAAAAGAUAAAAUCAUUCUUUAUUUAUGCUGUGGACAAAUGGGAUGCAGAGUUUUAUCUUAAGGCCAAUGACGAUGUAUAUGUUAAUGUUGAUGCCCUGGGAGGAGUUCUAACUUCUUAUUUGGAUAAGCCCCGUGUUUAUAUUGGUUGUAUGAAAUCAGGCGAAGUUUUCUCUGAUCCGACACAUCAAUGGCAUGAACCAGAUUGGUGGAAAUUUGGCGAUGGGAGAUCAUACUUUCGGCAUGCUUCCAGCGAUGUCUAUGUAAUUUCGAAAGCAUUGGCUCAGUUUAUUUCAAUAAACAGACAUAUUCUUCGGACAUAUGCACAUGAUGAUGUGAGCACCGGAUCAUGGUUUAUUGGGCUUGAUGUGAUGCACGUUGAUGAAAGAUCAUUUUGCUGCUCCUCUUCAUCUACAGGGGCACUAUGUGCAGCAGUAUGACGAUGCUGCCACUGACAAUAUGCGAGGAUGUAUCAAUAUCGACGUCAUGUAUAGCAAACGGUAACCUGUUUUUUCCACAAUCGUCAUUAAUUCUUCAGGUGUUUUUUCACCGAUUCUUUUUAGCCAGAAGUUGAUUCUGCCACUUCAUGGCGUGUAAAUAUGAAGAGCUCUCGCUGAUCCUUCUUAAACUAUACAAUGUUACACCAUGAGAUAAUGAAAGAAUCAUUCAUUAACGUAAAUAUAGAAAACAUUUUUAUAUUAUAUUAGAGUUGAGAUGUCCGUGUGAACACGCUCUUGUUUGUAUAUUGGCCACCUUGGAAAUAUUAUAUUUAUACCAAUAUUUACACCCUUUUGGCUUGGUUCAUAUUUUCCUUUCCUUAUUUGAGUAAUAUAGAAAGUAUAGUACAUGUAUGUCACUAGCAAGUUGUACAUUCCAAUACAGAGCUAUUAUAUAUUAUACUU